AUGCCUCCAGCACGCAAAGGAAAGGUCAAGGAGGAAGCGCCGGUCGUCUCGCUCGGGCCACAAGCACGUGAGGGAGAAAAGGUCUUCGGUGUCGCUCAUAUCUUCGCCUCGUUCAACGACACCUUCGUUCAUGUUACCGAUUUAUCAGGCCGAGAAACUAUUUGCCGCAUCACCGGAGGAAUGAAAGUAAAAGCGGAUCGUGACGAGUCAUCCCCAUACGCGGCCAUGCUUGCUGCUCAAGAUGUGGCCGAACGUUGCAAACAGCUUGGAAUCAACGCUCUUCACGUGAAACUUCGUGCCACAGGAGGAACACGCACAAAGACUCCUGGGCCUGGCGCUCAAUCGGCUCUUCGCGCACUCGCCCGAAGUGGAAUCAAGAUUGGACGAAUCGAAGAUGUGACGCCAAUUCCAUCGGACAGCACUCGAAGAAAGGGAGGACACAGAGGACGUCGACUU